UCUGAAUAUAAUUUCUGCCAUUAUACACUUGACACUACACCAAAAAUGGAACUUUAUACAGCCACCAAAGUCAUAGUUUUGUGCCUGGUUACUUUAGCUCUUGCUGUCCCAAGUCUGGCCGCAAUAUACCCCGUUACUUGGACCAAAAGUAAUUUAGUAGCUCCAGCAACUCUUCUUCAGUUGUCUAAACUUCACCCUGGCGAUACGAUCAAUUUUCUCAACACAGAUACUCUUCCGAUUUAUCAAGUCUCAAAAGCAGCAUACGAUGGCUGUCUAUUUACCAAUGAUAAUAUCCUUCUUGGACGCCAGAGGAUAACCGUUUUCACUAUUCCUGAAGCUGGUGAUUUCUACUUAAUUUGCGAUCCUCUCGAUUGUCAAGAGGGCUUGAAACUUGAACUCCAUGCUUCUUGAAGAGCACCUGGCACCACUUGAGAAGUUAAGUUUGCAUGAUCUGUUUCUCUGCAUUGUGGGCAUCCUGGCCUAGAAUUAGUUGUCAUGUGUUGCAAUUACAUAAAAGAAAAAGGAAUAAAUGCCAUAUACAUAUGGCUGCCAUGUGGGCUGAUAUCAACUGAUCGAAUUUGGUGGUCACCAGUCCCUUAUUUCCUCUUGUAUUUUUCUUCCCCUCCUUUAGGAUUUACGUGAUUUGUGUGGUUUUUGUUAGGCCUGUCAAUCGGGCGUAAUGAGUUGGGUUUUGAUGAGCUCAAACUCAACUCAUUUAAUUUGAAUCAUUUUCGGGCUCGGACUAUGAGUUUCGGGUUCGUAAAUGUAAAGCUCAUA